AUGCGCUGCAACGUAUUUUUUUUGGCACUCGCUGCUGUUCCAAGCCUCUCGCUGGCGCUCUCGAUCAAUCUUGAACAGAGGGGCAAGUUACUCUCGUCUGACGAGCAGGUGGAAUACGCAAGGAGGAGGGCUGAUUCCCUCGUUCGUCGCGCUAGAGACGUUGAACAUACGGCUACAUACGAUCUCUGGCAGGAUGGCCCGUAUGCUUGGGCGGCACAACUUGAUGUCGGUGCGAACAAGGAGCGUGUUAAGCUCUUCAUCGACACUACGUACCCAAAUAUUGUUAUGGAAACGGACGCGUAUGAUAUGAAGAAUUCCUCCUCAGCUAAAAAUACAGGCAAGAAAGGCACGGCCGAAUUCUUUACGCUCGGUGCACCAUUUAGCGGUGACAUUUACACGGACACCGUGCGCUACGGCAACCUCACGUCUGAGAGCCAGAUGUUCCUUGCAGUGAACAAGAGUGUGGUAUUUAUUCGUGAACCUCGCGGGAUCUUUGGACUUGGACCCAAAUCUAACAAUGCCUUCACGAAGCAGGACUUCAACAAUGAUACAAGCAAGACCUUUUUCGGCAAGCUUAAGGACACCAAGCAGCUUGCUAAGAACGUGUACCAGCUCACGAUUCAGCUUGGUGGCGGAAAACUCACCAUGGGCGAGAUAGAUGACUCGCAGUAUGAGGGUAAGCUUGCUGAAUUUGACAUGUCUCGCGACUAUCUCGGUGUGUGGGGUCAAGUCAAUGGUCAAGAAGCUAGGUACAUGGCGUUUGACAGCGGUAGCGGCUACACAAUGGCUCCUGCGGCCGAUGCGAAACGGUUCCUUAGCUCUUUGGAGGGCGUGGAAGUUGUCGAAGUCCCUGAGUUGGGUCAAGUAAAGGGCUUUUACCAGUGCGACAGUCCACCACCAUCCAUUCGCUUUAAGUUUGGUGAUCUCGAAGUGCCUCUGUCCAAGAGGAUUAUGAAGAUUACUCCUGUUCACGCAGAGCCUACCAAGUGUCUGAUUCCGAUUAUGGGAUACGAUAAGGUGAAAGAUCUUGGGGACAAAACCUGGAUCGUUGGUACGACGCUCCUUGAGCACGUUUCGCUCAUUUAUGAUGGCGACGCAAACAAGAUUCGCAUAGGCCGCCAAUCGAUGAACAUGAACAACUAG